GGGAAAACAUCAACGGUGUUUCAGUAAUCAGUAGUGCAAGUUUGGCAGUAGAGGUGAACUUGGCUCCUCUGCCAAUCUAAUGGAACAUCGUUCCCUCGACCAAGUUUCAGCCGCGAUUCUAAACAAUUCAAACAUUCGUCGUGAUUAUUGCCGUAAACAACAAAUCCUUUUGCUGUUAUUAUGUUGUUUAAACGGAUCAUCGAAGGAAAGUCGGUGCUGAACGGUGAUGUUAAGAAGGAUAAGUCCCCAGAGAAAUGUUCUAGAAGGAAAUCGGAAUGCGACGGCUGUGGGGAGCAUUCUACUAUUCUGGAGGAACUGAUGAAGAUGGUAUUAUUGGGUGUGGUGCUGUGGGCGGGAGUCACGUUCGGAAGUCAUGUUGCUCCCUACCCCUUGAAUUUGAUCAUGACUACAGAAUUCUACCAUCCACCACCGAUGUAUGAUUUCCCAUUUCCGAGCGCAGAAAUGCUCAAGAAGCUGCCACCCAUAACAGCAGCUAACACCAACAAGUCGAUUAGUAUCAGUAAGAUGACAGUGGCAAUGCUAGAGCGAUUGGAAGACAACUUGGAGGCGUCAGGAAUAAAGCCAAAACAAGGAUCUGCCGCCCAAGGGCUGGCGCUCACCGGUCUACCCUCAAAAGACGCAAUGAAGUAUGAAAAAUCCUCGAUGACGAUUACGAAAGCAUCGCAAAAUCUUAUUUGGACACGUUGUUCUAGAUACGGUUUGGCGAACGAUGAGUGCGCGAGCUUCAUAAGUACAUUAAAUCUGCGUGAGAGUGAAUAUGGCGGGGAGUGUGCGCAAUUAGAGAGGUUUACUUGUCGCACAAACAAAAUGUCGUCAAGAUACCGUACGUUUGAUGGCUCCUGCAACAAUCCAGUUCGUUCGUCCUGGGGCCAGGCUCUUACUGGUUACAAACGACUCCUACAUCCAAGAUAUGCUGAUGGUAUUGAAGAGCCUCGUCGGGCGCUGAGUCACAAAGAGCUACCAUCGGCUAGACUCGUGAGCACCACCUUGGCUAAUAACUUGGAUGUCCCAAAUGAGGACACAUCCAUCGCAUUGGCUGUAUGGAGUCAGUUCAUCUACCAUGACUUGGUCCAUACACCUGUGAGAAAAACAAUUCACACGGACCAAACAAUCCGCUGCUGCGACAAUUCAGGUCUGCAUCUGACCCCACGGUACUUGCAUCCCAGCUGUAUGCCCAUAUCUGUGCCUGAUCGGGAUCCUCAUAUGAACAUUUGUAUGGAGUACACCCGGUCAGUGACAACUUACCGAGGGGACUGUACUUUUGGAGCCGCGGAACAGAUGAACCAAGCCACCCACUUCCUAGACGGAUCUCACAUUUAUGGCGCAAAUAGCCGCGAUGCUGCAUCCCUCCGUGAAAAGAGUGGCGGUCUGCUGAAGACCUCGAGUAUUGAUGAUGAAGAACUUCUUCCGUUGGUGAGAGACCCGUCCGAGAAGUGUCUGGUGAAUAAUGACGGUGCCUGCUUUAACACAGGAGACAUCCGCGCUAACAUGCAUCCGUGGUUGACGGCGAUACAUGCUUUGUUUGUCCGGGAGCACAAUCGCAUCGCAAGGAGCUUAGCCGUUUUGAACCCGGGCUGGAAUUCUGAUAAGCUUUAUCACGAAGUGAGAAGGAUUGUUGUCGCCGAACUACAACAUAUUACAUAUAAAUAUUGGCUGCCUGCGCUUACUGGAAAAUCCAUAGACCAGCUAUAUGACAGCUAUGACAUCGGGUACAAUUCCGACAUAGAUCCAACAAUCACGAAUGCCUUUGCGACCGCCGCUUUCCACUUCGUCAACAGCCUCCUUGAUCAGGACAUAUUACUCAUCGAGGGCAACGUGACAUCACAACGUCUAAAACAUACUUAUUUCAAGCCAGAGUUAAUUGCAAAAAAAGGAGGCCUGGAAAGCGUUCUACGGGGUAUGGCAAGCCAGAAAGCUCAGGACUUGGACUUCAAUUAUGAUGAUGAUUUACGUAACCACUGGUUGGGCGGCCUCGACGUACUAGCAGUUGAUGUACAGCGUGGAAGAGACCACGGAAUUCCCGGAUACUCCCAGUACCGUACACUUUGUGGCUUAUCUGUAGCGACUAGCUUCUCGCACCUGACUGAUGUGAUUCCACAAGAGAUGGUAGACAAGUUGUCGAAAAUAUACGAGCAAGUGGGUGACAUCGAUUUGGUUGUCGGUUUGAUGGCUGAAGCUCCACUUCCAGGAUCUUUGAUUGGACCAACAGCUACAUGUUUCUUACGUGAACAACUAUGGCGCACGCGCAGCGGUGACAGAUACUUCUACACGCACACACACGAAGCGGGAAGUUUCUCAAAACGUCAAAUCGCGGAAAUACGAAGGGCUUCACUGUCUCGUUUGAUGUGUGACAAUCUUGAAAUUACUGGAGUUCAGAAGGAUGCGUUCCAACCUCCCAGUGAUAGCAACCCUAUUGUAUCUUGCGAUGAAAUCAAAAGAAUGAAUCUCGAAGCCUGGCAAGACCCAUCGGAGCAACCUGACAUAUUCACACGCACUAACAGCUGGCUCAAAAACAAGGUUGCCAGUUCCAACAUUACUAAAUAGACUGAUAUGCACUUUAUUUAGGUUAUUCUGUGAACGAAGACGAGAAAUAAGGUACAAGUACUUAAAGGUUUUUUGAAAAGUGGUAAAAUGGCUAAAUUUUUCGUGUUCGUUCAUUUUGUGGCGAGUGCCGUUAUGCGCUUAACUGUGCCUUAUUUUAAUAACUAAUAAGUAUAAAGAAACAGAUUAAUUGUAUUUAAAAUGAGCAACCAUCGUUAAUGUAACGGUUAUAGUCUGUCGCGUAUAUUUAAACUUCUCACAUCUAUCAUUGUGUUGUCUAAGUUCAAAUCUUAUUCUAUAUUCAAAAUGUUUAUAUUCUACCCUAAACUUUAACGAUAGUUUUUGCUUGACUUGUGACCACAGAUUAUACACGCAUUUAUUGUUGUGUGAGUGAAAUGACAAUAUGCUGAUAAGCAUUUAAUUGCACUUUUAAGUAUUCAGUAUUUUAUUUAGAAUAGGGUCACGUUACAGGGACUUGUCGAGUACUAUCCAAGUCUUGUCCUUAUGGACGCCAUGAAAAGUGGCUGUGAUAAUGAGAGUUAGACGAUCUUGAGAGAUGUUAAAGAUUUGUCGUCUAACUUUACUGUCAAGCACUUGGCAACAUUAUAUUGCAGGGAAUUUAGUAUUUAAUCUCGCCAUCAUUCAUUAUGGAAAAAUAAUUUAAUUGCCGCAUUCAUAAAGUUAUCUAAUUUAAUAUUGUAAGCUGUAUAAUUCAAGAUAUUGUGUAGGUAUACUGUGCUGUGUGCAUAAUUAUACUAUUUUCACAGAACCCAUUACUUCUAUGAUAAGGCUUAUGAUGCAAAUGGCCAAUUCUUUUUUUAAUGCUAUUGCCAUUUGAAGACAAAUUAUUCUUUUAAUUUUGGCCACAAUUUCAGAACAUUACAUUAGUUAUAACACAAAUACUAAAGUUUUGAAAUAACUUGGCUGUGUACGUUCCUAGUUCUUCACUUUCUAUUUUUCACGUUUUCGAAAUUUAAAAAUCGGAAUACGAAAUUUAAGAAACUAAAAAUGGCGUAUGCCUAUCGCCAAAGACUGGAUUUUAGGUUAAAUUAUAUAAGAAUAAUUGUUACAUUGUUUGUAAAAUUUAGUAACUAGUAACAAUCAUAAAUAUGUACGGUGAGACUAAAGCAACUUCAGAACUUCGACUGAAGCUUGUACUCUGUAAUUUAACGAUAAUUAAUAUAAGAUAAAGCACAAAACUAUUAACCAGUAUUUAAUUUGUUUUGAAUUUAAAAAACAGUUCACUUCUGGAAGGGCUAUAUGCUUUGCUAUUUGUCUUUUGUAAUUUAUAAUAAACUUAUAAACAGCCAGAA